GGUGUAAAGCAGGCGCAUCUCAGAUGACAGACAACUGGGGUUCAGGCUGGAUGCUUCUCAAUUCCACCUGCUACUACUUGUCCCUGGAACCAGCGAACUGGUCUUCAGCCCUGACAAGCUGUAAAGAAAAAGGCGCCGAUCUGCUGUCUUUAGAGUCAUGGACAGAACAAUCACAGAAACUGAGUAAGAUGAAAUUUGCUGCCUAUGAAAGAAUCUGGUGGAUAGGACUUCAAAGCAACUCAAGUGUAAGCAAGUGGGUGUCACUCUAUGAUAACUCAUCUUUCUCAGGAGAAAUCAUACUGUGGAACGAAGGGGAGCCCAACAACAUUCAGAGUGACGAGAACUGCGUGGAAAUGUAUCCUUGGGGCGCACUGAAUGAUGCUUCCUGCCAUCGGCAGAAAUUCUACAUUUGUAAGAAAUAUUUAAAGCUCUUCAACGUCUCUAGAAACAGUUGUGAUAAUAACUGGAUCCUGAUCUUGGAUUCCUGCUACUACCUUUCUACUACCGCGGCUGUGCAGUGGACAGACGCACAGAGAAAGUGUAAUGAACUCGGCGCCAACUUGCUGACCUUGGAGUCUUUAGAUGAGCUGUUGCAGAUCAGGAGAGAGACAUGGCGCUUUACUGUUACCGACCGAUGGUGGUGGGUGGGGCUACGGAAGGUACCAUCUAGUGGCAAGUGGCAGUGGAUCAAAAAGCCUCCGAUUUUAUCGCCUGUAGUAACCCAGUGGAAGAAGGACGUGCUCAAUACAGAGGACUGUGUGGUGAUGGACUCUGACGGAUUUCUGAGUGACAUGCCAUGUAACUCCUCUCGAUACUUCAUAUGUGUGAAAUCAAGGGAAGACGCAGACAACUGUGACUCUGGCUGGAUCAAGAUAUUCUCGAUGUGUUACAAGUUGUCGAAUAAGGCUUUAUCGUGGUCCGGUGCCGAGGAGAGUUGCAAAACCGAGGGAGGAAAACUGUUAGUCGUGAGAACUUUCAUUGAAAUGUCAAAAAUUCAGGAAAAUAUCAAUCUUAUCAGCUCGCCAUGGUGGGUAGGACUGAAAAGGGCAUCUCCAAGUAAUUUUGACCUGAAGCAGGACGAUGGUUCAAAGGAGUGUGGAAUGAUCGCCUCUGAUAACUUUCUGACUUUCAAAGACUGCAAAGCAUUACACUCCUACAUCUGCCAAAAAAAUCAUACGGAAAACACAACUAGAACUGUUGAGUCUGGCCUCAACUGGUUCUUGAUUUCUGGCGUCUGCCUCAAGCAGUCCACUAAGACAAUGUCGUGGUCUCAGGCACAGGAGAGCUGCAAACUAGAGGGAGGUAACUUGAUGUCCAUGAGCACCUUACAAGACUUGACACUGACAAAUCUUGGAAGCUCGCGGUGGUGGAUAGGAGAGCGAACUACGUCACUGAAAUGUGUGGCCAUCAGCUCUUCCGUGCCUUUCCACGUCGAGGAUUGCAAUACUGCUCAUCCUUAUAUUUGCGAGAAAAGAAAAUAUGGUGUUGUACGUGUUCUUCAAGUUUACGAGUUCUGAACUGCACAAACUUGAAUGAGAAAGCUUUAUGAAAAGCUACCUACCAUGGUUGUGAAAGUAGCAGUUUACGAGAACAAUAAUGAUUACAUGGAUGUCCAGUGGUCCAUCGUGGUAUCUAAGACGUACAUCAGUACGUGCGACUAGCUAUAGUUGACCUGACUAUUACCUGACCAUUGAUUGGUUGUGGUAAUUACAGUUUCUGACGACAUUUUUGUGAUAGUAUUGAUAGUAAUAGUUUAUACUGCUUUAUAAGUAGUAUGUAGCACUGCUUUGGUAUUAUUAAUAAUGUACAUUAUUCCAGUAUGUUUUAUCCAGUUUUAUUUUCUUUAGACGUCUCCGGAUUUUCCAAGGAACUGUCCGCUCCAUCUCUGUGACUUCACCUCAUUCUUCAACGAUCAAGAGUCUUCUACAGGACGCCAUAAAGGACCAAGAAAUGUUAAAAAUAUCUGAAAACAUUUAUAUAUUUUUUAAGUUUAAUCUAAAGUGCUACUCAGACCUGUUGGAUUGUGUGUUUAUAUUUAGAUAAAUGUUUUGGUAGAAUUCCUCUUGUAUUUUAAAUGUGAUGGUUGAAUGCUGUUAUAAGAAUGUUUGUCUUUUAUUACGUCUUGUCCUAAUUCCUUUGCCCAAGAAACUAGUGAGACAUGACCUGGACAGCAAAAUAUUAAAAAAAAAUUGUUUUGUUUCUGUUGAAAGUGAGAUUGAUUAUAUAAUUACCAUUUGUGUGACAUCAGACUAAACACGAAGCAUCAACAUCUUUUCUAAUAUAAAAUAUUGCUGCAUGAUUGUUGCAACAUGUCCAGCAAUCAGCACUUUGUGGUCAAAUAUUAAAUCUCGUUAUUUCUUUCUGUGUGUAGAUGUAUAUCUGAGCUGAUAAAUGCAGAUGUAUAUAUAAGAUGGUAGUCUUCAAGAUUACAUAGCUGCCCUUUUUUUCGCCUAAUACUAU